AUUACAUUUUAAAAGGAAGGGUCGCAAAAAGAUAAGCCUGGGAUUUCUAGCUCGGGGGCCAUGGGACCUCUCCCCUCCAAGUCCACGUUGUAGCAACCUGCCAGGUCCACGCAUGGGCGGGUCCUAAUCCACGGUUCCGGCUUGCGCUCCCUGUCAACUCACAGCCGGAGAGGCUCACGCACGAGCCCGGAAGUGAGGGAAAGAGGACUUUCGUCCGCAGCCGCCUCCGGGCUGGAACCUUGUCCUCAGUGCUUGGCCGCUGGCGGCGUAACUCGGGGUUUCGCCUCGGAACACCUCCCACUCCUCUGGUCUACGAGGAGCAGUCGCAAGCUGAGCUCAGAGCGAAGCGAGCAAGCUAAAGAGGGAGAGCCCUUAGCGGGCCCAGUCGGAAUCGACUUCCCGUCCGGCCGCUGGAAAGCGACCGGAAGGAAGUGCGCCGCCUGCCCGACUGAGGCUGCGCGAACCCCGGGGUCUGGGCGGGGUGGUCCUCGUGCGCGCUGCGUCGCCGUGGAGACAGGGGCGGGCCCGUCGCGAGACCGGCGUCUGGAGGCGCGCGAAGCCUUGAGGUGGGCGUGGGUCGCGCGGGAGUGAGGGAGCGAGUCCUGGACCGCCGGCGCCUGCCGGGACUUCUUCCAGCGUAAGGCCGGCGAGCUCGGCUGCCCCAGGUAAGAGACCUGGCCCGAAUGUCCCCAGUCUCCCAGGGGCUCGGCCUCUUCGGCUGUGAGCACGGCGAGGAGCUCCGUCGCGUCCUUCCGAGCGGGGCCAGGUGAAAUGUGUCGGAGCCCCCCUUCCUCCCCUGGAAGUGCAGGUAUGGCUGCCUACAUGCGGGUCUCUGGGGCGGGAAUGGAGGAAGCGCGACAGGAGGGCGCAGGAUGGGGCCGGGGGCGCGCCGUCCUCUGCUGCCGCGUCUUUUAGACUUGUCCUCCGCCCGGGGGCACCGUGUCCUUCCAGGCGUGUCGUGCGCUCCUGGCCGGUGCUCCUUGGCGUGCGCCGAUCCAAAAUCAGGGAUUUCUUCCUCCCGGCUGCGUGGCUCGGGAGCGGAAGGGCUGGUGUAUGGGCGACCUUGCCCCACUGAACGCGCAGGGACCAACGCAGUAAACAAACCUUGAAGCCUUCCUCGAGAGAGAGUUAGAAGGGGAAAAUGAAAGACUUUGAUUCAUGAUGAAUCUGCUCACCGAGAAGUGUCUGUCAAGCCACUGGUUGAAUUUCCAUCAAAAAAUGAUUAAACAGAGAAUGGAGAAGAAGGUUGAUUCCAGAUAUUUUAGGGAUGGUGCAGUUAAGAAACCUUAUUCUCCAAAGACACUGUCCAACAAGAAGUCUUCUGCAUCCUUGGGGAUCCGGAGGGAGUUACCUAGUACCAGUCAUCUAGUGCAGUAUCGUGGCACACAUCCUUGUACCCGACAGGGCCGGUUAAGAGAAUUGCACAUCAGAUGCGUUGCCAGAAAGUUCUUAUAUUUAUGGAUUCGAAUGACUUUUGGAAGAGUGUUUCCCUCUAAAGCCAGAUUUUACUAUAAGCAGCAAUUACUGCGGAAGGUCUUCAAAGAAUGGAAAGAAGAGUGGUGGGUUUUCCAUCAUGAGUGGAAACUCUGUGUUCGAGCUGACUGUCGCUACAGGUAUUACCUGUACAACCUGAUGUUCCAGACCUGGAAGACCUAUGUGCGUCAGCAGCAGGAGAUGAGGAGCAAGUACAUUAGAGCCGAGGUUCAUGAUGCAAAGCAAAAGAUGCGACAAGCCUGGAAGUCUUGGUUGAUCUACGUGGUUUUUCGUAGGACCAAACUUCAGAUGCAGACUACAGCUCUGGAGUUUAGGCAACGGAAUAUCUUAUGGGUGUGGUGGAGCAUGUGGAGGCAGCGACUAGGACAGGUCCGUGUGAGCUGUGCCCUCCAUGCCUCUGCUGUGAAGCACAGGUCCCUGAGCCUCCAGCUGCAGGCUUGGUCACAAUGGUGCAAGCAGCUCCUGUAUGUCCAGAAGGAGAAACAGAAGGUUGCCUCUGCAGUGAAACACCAUCAGCACUGGCAAAAGUGGAGGUUUCUAAAGGCCUGGCUUGAAUACCUGCAAGUCCGCAGAGUAAAGAGACAGCAGAAUGAGAUGGCUGAACGAUUCCAUCAUGUCACUAUGCUCCAGAUACAUUUCUGUGACUGGCAGCAGGCCUGGGAGCGGAGGGAGAGCUUGCACGCCCACCAGGCACAGGUGGCGAAACUGGCCAGGAAGAUGGCUUUGCGGCGCACCUUUACUCACUGGAAACACUACAUGCUGCUGUGUGCAGAAGAAGCUGCCCAGUGUGAGAUGGCAGAAGAACACCACAGGCAUAGGCAGCUGUAUUUUUGCUUUAGAUCCCUAAAAGAUAAUGUGGCCCACACCCAUCUCCAGCAAAUAAGAAGGAAUCUUGCUUACCAGCAGCAUGGUGUCACGCUGCUGCACAGGUUCUGGAAUCUCUGGUGGUCUCAGAUUGAGCAGAAAAAGGAAAGAGAGCAGCUCCCGUUACUGCAUGCUGCCUGGGACCACUACAGGAUAGCACUGCUGUGCAAGUGUGUCAAAUUGUGGCUACAGUAUACUCAGAAGAGGCGGGACAAGCAGCUGCUACAGGCCAGAGCAGAUGGGCAUUUCCAGCAGAGAGCCCUGCCUGCUGCCUUCUACUCAUGGAAUAGACUCUGGCGAAGGCACCAGCAGGAAAACGUCCUCAGUGCAAGAGCUACACAUUUUCACAGGGAGAAAGUAGAGAAGCAAGUAUUUUCUAUCUGGUGGCAGAAGAUGUUACAGCAUCGAGAAAACCACUUGGCAGAGAGAAUGGCCAUCCUUCACGCAGAGCGACAGCUUCUGCAUAGGUCCUGGUUCACGUGGCACCAGCAGGCAGCAGCACGUCACCAGGAGCAGGAGUGGCAAACAGUGGCCCGUGCCCACCACCGCCGCAGGCAGCUCAGGAAAGCUUUCUGCCUCUGGAGGGAAAGUGCCCAAGGGCUCAGAACAGAGAGGACGGGCUGGGUGCAGGCAGCAGAAUUCAACGCAGCCCAGCUCCUGCAUUGGGCCUGGAGCCAGUGGAGGGAGUGCCUGGCCCUGCGGGGAGCGGAGCGGCAGAAGCUGAGGCAAGCGGAGCUGCAUCACCAGCGCACGGUGCUGCUCAGAGCGCUGCAGGCGUGGGUGACUUACCAGGGCAGGGUGCAGAGCAUCCUACAGGAGGUGGCAGCCAAGGAGGGCCGGCACAACAGGCAGCUGCUGCGGGGGGCGUUACAUCGCUGGAAAGAGAACACCAUGGCCCGCAUGAAUGAAGCCAAAAAAACCUUUCAAGCAAGUACUCAUUACAGAAGGACCAUAUGUUCCAAGGUCCUGGUCCAGUGGCGGGAGACUGCGUCAGUGCAGAUAUAUUACCGACAGCAGGAGGGCCGUGCCAUCCGGGAGGCCCGGAAGGUGCUUGAUAGGGGCUGUCUCCGGACCUGGUUUCAGCGCUGGCGGAACUGCAACCGGAGGUCAGCCCAGCAGAGACUGCAGCUGGAGAGGGCAGCCCAGCACCACCACCGGCAGCUGCUGCUGGAGGGGCUGGCCCGAUGGAAGACACACCAUCUGGAGUGUGUCAGGAAGAGGCUCCUGCACAGGCAGAGCACCCAACUGUUGGCACAGAGACUCAGCCGGACCUGCUUCCGCCAGUGGAGACAACAGCUGGCAGCCAGGAGGCAGGAGCAGCAGGCGUCAGUGCGGGCCUUGUGGUUCUGGGCCUUCUCACUGCAGGCAAAGGUGUGGGCCACAUGGCUGGCCUUUGUGCUGGAGAGGAGGAGGAAGAAGGCACGGCUGCAGCAGGCGCUCCAGGCCCACCAGGGGCAGCUCCUCCGGGAGGGUGCCAUGCGGCUCCUGCGCUUUGCAGCCGGCAUGAAGGCCUCUCGGCAGCAGCUGCAGGCCCAGCAGCAGGUCCAGGCAGCUCACAGUCUCCACCGUGCUGUCCGCCACUGUGCCACACUCUGGAAACAGAAGGUGUUGGGCUGGGGCAGGGAGCCUCAGCCCCUGGCACCCAUCGCAUCCAGCAGAAAAGUGACGUUUGAGGGUACCCUUCUAAACUGCAUUGCUGCUGGGGCUGGGGAUGCCACCCUGGAGACUAAGAGGCCACAGGCUCCUCGGCCUCAGGGAGCUCUGGGCCGCCUGGCUGCUGGGGAGCCCCAUGCCCUGGAAUUCAACACUGCCCACUCAUCGAGGAAGCAGCCGCGAUGCCCACACUUCCUGCUGGAGCCUGCGCAGAGCCAGAGGCCUCAGAAGCUGCAGGAACAUGGCCUAGGCAUGGCUCAGCCAGCAGGUCCCUCCCUGACAAAGCCCUUCCUGGCAGAGGCCCCGACAGCACUGGUCCCACACAGCCCCCUACCUGGGGCCCUGUCCAGUGCCCCUGGCCCAAAGCAGCCCCCGACAGCAAGCACGGGCCUGGAGCUGCUGUCUCCACUUCCUUCUUCCUUCAUGCCCCAUGGGGCGGCUGCAGCAGCCAAGGUGUCAGCACAGCCAGCUACUCCUAGGCAUAUGCCCCAGGUCCCCCCAUUCCUGGCCAGUGUCCCUGACCCCCAUCUACUUCUUCCUGGGGACUUCUCAGGCACCAGGGCUGGGCCUGGGCUUUCACCUGCAGGCUCCCUGGACCUUGAGGCUGAACUUGUGGGGAUCCAGCAACAACUACUGCACUACCAGACCACGAAGCAGAACCUCUGGUCUUGCCAGCGGCAAGCAAGCAGCCUGCGCAGAUGGCUGGAGCUGAACAGAGAGGAGCCGGGGCCUGAGGACCAGGAAGCAGAGCAGCAGGUGCAGAAAGAUCUGGAAGAGGUGGAACUGCAGAUCCAGCAGCUGGCAGAGGAGCUCCAGGCCCAGCGCCAGCCUAUUGGUGCCUGCAUUGCUCGAAUCCAGGCCCUGCGGCAGGCCCUGGGCUAGCACGUUCACCCCAGGGAUGCAGGUGCAGGGCUGUGGGGAGGCCCCAGGCCACCUCCAGCAACAGAGCACAAAGUUAUGACUUUUUAUUUUUUUAUUUCAAAAUGUUUUGCAAUUAAAUGAAUUACUGUUCAGAAGUUUCCCACUUUACAUACAAAAAUACUGUGCUACUGAUACAGUUGAAAAAAUUCAGUGAUGUUUCUCCUGCAGGAGAAGUUCACAGCGUCCUCAGGGUCAGCAUAAACUCUUGCUCUGUCCACUGGGACAGGUUUUUCCAGGUACCGACCAACCAUCGACCAAGGCUCCUCAGCUUCCAAGACAGACCCUGAAUCCGUAGCAGCAACCUUCCCAUAUUUCACGUAGCGAUAUGGGAAGGGGGACACAAAUUCUUCCCUGUCCCUAGCUGGGCCUACCACCUGCCUGCUCUGUUCACUAUGGCGCCAUGAGGCAGGUUCAGCGAUCGGCCUUGCCUGCUGCAAAGAGGAUCUGGCCAGCUCCAGAACGUCACUGAUCAGGUCCUGCAAAGGUCUGUUAAUCAUUAAUCAGUGUCCUCUGAAGACACUGGCAGAGUCCAGGGUGAUGCAUUCAGCCACAAGCACAAAGAUUGCUUUUUCUUAAGAGCAGGAUGAGGUGAAUUUGGGAACAGAAAGCAGUUGUCAAGAAGGCUGUGUGGCUCUGCUGGGGGAGGCAGGGGAAGGGCUUCCACAGUCUGUGCCAAGGAGGCAGCUCACCCUGUGCAGCAGGAGAGUUAAGGCCAAAAAA